AUGUCUCCCGGACCAGCGCCUGCAGGGCUGGAUGGCACCGGUUCCAAAAAACGAAAGAGAAAGAGGUCAAAGAAGUCUCAUACUGAGUCCGGCAAUCUGGAAGUGGAUGUCCAUACCAAUAGAGUUAACAAGAAGACAAGGUUCACUGAAGAAGACAUCGAGUUACCCAAUGGUGAUCAUCUGCAGCCUCUCGACUCCAGCAUAAAUCUAGAUGAUGAAGUGAAGAAUUCCUCUGAGGAGGGUCAUGUCGAAAAGCCUGUCACAUCUGAAGAAAGUGUACCUGUUAAACAGAUCAUAGAAGAGACUUCAUCUCAAUCCAGUGAGGAUGCUUCCAAAGCAGGCAAGAACAAGUUUGAAAAGAACCUGACGCAUAAACAAAACAAGGAGAUCAAAAAUAAUGCAAACAAGUCGAAAGGAAAGAGAGCCGUGUUCUAUGAUGAUAACAGCGACGACGAGGACGAUGAUGGUAGUGGUUUUCAAACCCAUAGAACUACUUCCCGUGCAGUUCUUAAAGAUAAAGCACAGAGCCUUCUCGAACUAAGGAAGACUCUUCCGAUCUAUCACCACAAGGAGAAGAUCACUUCUUACGUUCAGAACAAUCAGGUGGUCGUUGUCAUUGGUGAAACAGGUUCAGGUAAGUCCACACAGAUUCCACAAUUCUUAAUCCCGCUUAACAAGAAACGGAUUGCUGUUACACAACCUCGUCGAGUCGCCGCUGCAUCGUUAGCAACUAGAGUCAGCGAGGAGUUUGGCUGUCCGUUGGGCGAAGAGAUCGGUUAUCAAGUCCGUUUUUCCAACGUCACAUCACAUAACACGAAAGUGAAUUACCUCACAGACGGUAUGUUAAUCAGAGAGCUCAUGUUGGAUGACAAACUCUCCAAGUACAGCACCAUCGUUAUUGAUGAAGCCCACGAAAGAACCGUUCUCACAGAUCUCACACUUGGCUUUUUAAAGCAGUUAAUUGUGAGUGGAAGAAGAAAAGAUCUUAAAGUUAUCGUCAUGUCUGCUACAUUAAAUGCCGACCUUUUCAGCAAAUUCUUUGACUACGCACCAAUUUUAUACGUCGAGGGAAGGAUGUAUCCAGUUUCAAAGCACUACCUUAGCGGUUCUUCCGAGGAUAUCGUCGAUACAAUGGUGAGGUCAGUGGUUCAAAUAAACAUGUCAGAGCAGGAGGGAGAUUUCUUGUGUUUUCUUCCUGGUCAAGAGGAAAUUGAUAACUGUGUUACCAUCUUGAACACCUUAGCACCACUGCUUCCUAAAGAGGCUCCCAUGAUUGUCGCUUUACCUCUUUAUGCUGCAUUGUCUCCAGGCCAACAGAUUAAAAUUUUUGAAAAGCUAGGUCCGAGAAAGAGAAAGGUCAUUCUAGCGACAAACAUCGCAGAGACAUCGAUUACUGUGAGUGGCGUCAAGUACGUCAUUGAUUCGGGGUUGAGAAAAGUUAAAGUGUGGAGGCAUCAACUUGGCUUAUCCACAUUACUAACGACACCCAUUUCGCAAGCAUCGGCCAAGCAAAGGGCGGGUAGAGCAGGAAGAGAGAGUGAGGGCAAAGUAUUCAGGCUAUAUUCUGAAAAACUUUUCCUCAACAAGCUACCCAAACAACAAGAAUCUGAAAUCGUCCGUAAUGACAUUAUCCUACCUGUCUUGACCUUAAAGAAGAUGGGAGUGGAAGACCUUUUAAAUUGGACAUGGCUUGAGCAUCCUGUUCUUAUCUCGGCCUUCGAUAAUGGCGUCCUUCAAGAUGUCAUUGAUAUUGUUUCAUGUCUUUCUGUUGAGAAUUUGAUCCUUAAUGUGACCGGAAACGGAGAUCUUAGAGACGAGAUCAACUACAAACGGAGGCAAUACUGUCCUUUGGGUACAAGGCUGGGUGACUUGAUCGCACUUAACGAGUAUUUUAACUACUACAAAGAACUCAGCGACUCAAAACAUACAUCCGAGCUCAAAGCGUGGUGCAAAGAAUUAUUCUUUAGCUACAAAGGCUUCAAGAAUGUCAUGAGAGUUAGAAAACAGAUCACAGACUAUAUGCUCUCCACCAUCAAACAGGACGAUUCUAUCUCACACACCGAAAAAGAUAUACAGCUCAAGAAGCUCAAAAACCAGCUCAGCUCCGAAGCUGACCACGAGAGUAACGAAGAAGACGAUUUCAAACUGCUCUCGAAAGCAUUGGACAUCCCUGCCAUUCUCAAAUCCUUCGUGAAGGGUUUUGCGCUAAACACCGCAAUUGGGAUGCCUGACAGAUCAUUCAGAACUUGUUCAACGGGUCAACUUAUAAGCAUUCAUCCAUCAUCUAAUUUGUUUGGCAAGGCGAACAUUGACGCCAUCAUGUAUAUUGAGUUCGUCUACACUGCCAAGGCUUACGGCAGAAAUUGCUCAGUGAUUGAGCUUGCCUGGCUUCAAGAGGUAGCUCCAAACCUUCUUGGUGGUGCCAAAGUCAGUAUUAAUGAGUAA